CAGACAAGCACGUUAGGGGAAUUUGGUGGAAGUAGAACUGCAAGGGAUCAUUCAUCUUCCUGAUUAAUCUUUAAAGCACAGAAUGGUAUGGACAAUGCCACCUUUAAAAGAUGCAGAGCUUGGAGCCUUCACAUUCUUUGCAUCUGCUCUCCCACAUGACGUUUGUGGAAGCAAUGGCCUUCCCCUCACACCGAACUCAAUAAAAAUCUUGGGGCGAUUCCAAAUCUUAAAAACCAUUGUGCAUCCCAGACUUUGCCAGUAUGUUGACAUAUCUCGUGGUAAACAUGAAAGGCUGGUGGUGGUAGCAGAACACUAUCCAAAAAGUUUUGAAGACUUGCUACGGGAGGGAACUCCUGUGAGCUCUUCAAAGAUCUUUCGUCUAGCUUAUGAAGUUUUACAAGGCCUGGAGUAUAUGAAUCGCCACCGAAUGGUCCAUAGGGCACUUGCUCCUCACAAUAUUCUUCUAGAUGGAGAGGGACAUGCCAAACUGGCCAAGUUUGGGCUUUAUCAUAUCACAGAUCAUGGGGCUGAUGUUGAUUUCCCAAUAGGAUACCCUUCUUACCUGGCACCAGAAGUGAUUGCUCAGGGGAUUGUAAAGCCGACAGACCCCACACAGUGCGAGAGGCCUCUGCCUUCAGGUCCAAAAUCCGAUGUCUGGUCUCUGGGUCUUAUAUUGUUUGAACUGUGCAUGGGUAGAAAAUUAUUUCAGAGUCUGGAUAUCUCUGAGAAAUUAAAACUAAUACUUACAUUAGGUUGUGUUGACGACAUUAUAACCGUACUUAGUGAAGAACAUGGGUGUGAAGAUAUUUUAAAGAGUGUCCCUGAAAAUACCUUAGCCUUGUUGCGAAAGUGCCUCACGUUUCAUCCUACAAAAAGGCCUACCUCUGCGGAAUUGCUUGCUGACAGCGUGUUCAGUGAAGUGUCCCCUUUGUACCUCCCUUUUCGCAAACCUGUUGGUCUCUUUUCUUCUGCUUUGCGAUGUGCUAAUCUAAUAUUGCCUGAAGAUAUUAGUCUCUUAUGCAAAGAUGAGGACAGUGACUUCCUUGCAGAAAGAUCUAUUGAAGAAGUAUAUCACUUGUGGUGCUUGGCAGGCGGAGACCUAGAGAAAGAGCUUAUAAGCAAGGGCAUAAUUCGAUCAAAGCCACCUAUCUGCACUUUACCCAACCUUCUCCUUGAAGAUGGUGAAAGCUUUGGUCAAGGAAGAGACAGGAGCUCCCUGCUGGAUGACACCACUGUGACUCUAUCCUUGUGCCAACUCAGAAAUAGAUUAAAAGAUGUCCCUGGUGAAGCAUAUUAUCCAUUACUAGGUGAAGACCAAUCCAACAUACCACAUUCUGGCAGCAGUAAUGAGUUGUCCACCUCAGCCACUCUUCCUCUGAUUAUUCGUGAGAGAGACACAGAGUAUCAGCUAAACAGAAUUGUUUUAUUUGACCGGUUGCUAAAUGCAUAUCCAUACAAGAAAAAUAUGAUUUGGAAAGAGGCCAGAGUGGAUAUUCCUCCUCUUCUGAGAGGAUUAACUUGGGCUGCUCUUCUUGGUGUAGAGGGGGCCAUUCAAGAAAAAUAUGAUAUGAUAGAUAAGGACACUCCAAUACCUACAGACCGUCAGAUUGAAGUAGAUAUCCCACGUUGCCAUCAGUAUGAUGAGCUCCUUUCUUCUCCUGAAGGCCAUGCAAAAUUUCGAAGGGUACUGAAAGCUUGGGUGGUUUCACAUCCUAACCUGGUAUAUUGGCAAGGGUUGGAUUCACUGUGUGCACCCUUCCUCUACCUGAAUUUUAACAAUGAAGCGCUGGCAUAUGCCUGUAUGUCUGCCUUCAUACCCAAGUACCUGUAUAAUUUCUUUUUGAAGGACAAUUCCCAUGUAAUACAAGAGUACCUCAAAGUGUUCUCCCAAAUGAUUGCCUUUCAUGACCCGGAACUAAGCAACCAUCUCAAUGAAAUUGGCUUUAUUCCAGAUCUCUACGCAAUUCCUUGGUUUCUUACAAUGUUCACGCAUGUUUUUCCUUUGCACAAGAUAUUCCAUCUCUGGGACACAUUGCUGCUGGGGAAUGCUUCCUUCCCAUUUUGCAUUGGAGUGGCCAUUUUGCAACAGCUACGAGUCAGGCUUCUUGCGAAUGGUUUUAAUGAAUGCAUUCUUCUGUUUUCCGAUUUGCCAGAAAUUGACAUUGAGCGCUGUGUCCGUGAGUCUGUGAAUUUAUUUUGCUGGACACCAAAGAGUGCAACAUACAGACAGCAUGCACAGGUGCCAAAGCAGAUCUCUGAAAGUAAUGGGGUGAGCAGGACAUCAGCCAGCUUCAGUGUGGACUUCCAGGAAUCCCCCAAGACUGACUUGGGCCGAGAACCAAUUAACAUGAAAGAGCUGAAGUUAGAAGUUUCCCCACGAAUCUCAGCAGAAGAUCUGAUUGACCUGUGUGAGCUGACCAUGCCCAGUAUGUCACGGAUACCAUCUAAAAAAACCAGAUCCAUCAAGCCCAAGCUUUUGGUAGUGGAUAUUCGACACAGUGAAGAUUUCAAUCGUGGCCAUAUACCUGGAAGCAUCAACAUGCCGUCUGGCUCUGCAUUCACAACUGAAAGGGAUUUGGCUCCAUGUCCUGCAAGUACCACCCUGCAAAACUUCAAGGGUAAAGUGAUUGUGACUGUGGGGCAUGCAGCACAGGAUGCAUCUGAGGUAUCAGUUUGCAGUUAACUUGGUAAAGCUGGGAUACCCAAGAGUUUGUAUUCUGGAUGGCGGCAUUAACAAGAUGAAGCUUACUGGCUUGCUGACUGUUCCCUCCCCUCAGAUAUAAGUUGACUGCAUCAUCCCAUCUUAUGGUAGAAAACCCAUAAUACUCCUAGACAUUGUUAUCUUAUUCAUGUACAAACAUAUUGUAUAUAUGAGGCAAGCUGUGUUCUGCUUGCCUUUUUCUAACCAUCUCCAACAUAUCCCCUGAACUCUUGAAUCUCCUUGAAAGCAGCUGGAUUACGAGGAUGAACUGAUGAACCGUUCCAGCCAUUGGCUGCUUUUAACCAUUGUUAUUCUAUACAAAAACACAAGUGUUUGCUCUGUGCCAUGUGUGGGCUGCACCAUGAAUGCCCAUGGCUUCCAAACAGAAAUGCUGGGCAAAGACAGACGUGGAAGAGACAACUUUCCCACCUUAUCUUUCUACUUUAAAUCAAACUACUUUUACAUAUUACAUAUAUGAAAUUCUGGCUCUAGCACACAAUCUCACAUAUAAAUGUAUAUGUAAUGAGAUUGUCUGACAGCUAUAAACCAUGCACAUUUUGCUGUUAGAAAGACACGAUGAUAUCAUUAAAGCUGUGACUACUUUUCCGAAUAAUUUUCCAUGGUGUUGUUCAGACAUGCCGCACAUUGUUUCUGUAUGAACACUGCAUUACGGGUAAAACAAGGUAAAAUGCUAAUAAAAAGGUAUCCUACGGAUUUUUUUUUUAAAUGCCUUUAGGGGCAUGUUGUAAUGGAAUUGGUCUAAAUACUGUUGAUGCGAAGUAACCUUCAGGCUCAGUCGUUAUUGUUGUAAGAACAUCUAGAGAUUUGUUAAACUUGUUUCAACAUGUUUUUUUUUAAAAGAUUUGAUGUCAAUGCAUAAACGUG